UGCUGGGUUAGGAGAGAACCAGGAGUGUGUCAGCAUUUGCCUUUCUUAUACAGCAGCAUCUGACUGCUACAGUAUGCUUAAGGCUGUCUGGAUGUGCAUCAGCAGCUAAGGACUGACUCUCGCAGGAGUGCCUGACAAUCCUUCAACAUGUGCGACUGCUUUCAUCUGUUUCUGCCUAACUGGCAAGGAUCUCCAGCCAGUGAUUCCAACAGGCCCCUGAAGGCAGAAGAACCAGAUGACGAUCAGGAAGAAGAUGACACGACCAUUGACAUAGAGAUAGAAAAUGUUAGACCACGGCCUCAGGGAUCAUCACCAGUUUAUGAAUAUGCUGUAAAUGAAUACUACACUGAUCCAGAGGGCAGUUCCCUAUAUGCAGACUCUGAGUAUUCAAACAGAAUAAGAAAGACAUCCUUUAUACGGACCUCACAUCCUUUUACAAAAAUGAUGGACUCAGAUGAAACUAUGGAGGUGACAUUAAGCACCGAGGUGGACGUCUGUGAUAAAGGGUUUGCAAUAGCUGGCGGAGGGGAAAAGGGAAUCACUGUUUUGCAGGUUUUAAAAGAAUCUCCACAUUCAAAUAUUUUCUGCAUCAAAGAAGGCGAUCAAAUAUUAAGUGCGACAAUCUAUUUUGAUAACAUCACAUAUGAAGAUGCAUUAAAGAUUUUGGAGCAUUCUGAGCCUUACAAAGUACAGUUCCAAUUGAAACGUAAACUUGGUAAAGAAGACAGAGAGAAAAUGCAAUCUAUUGUGCAAAUCAAGAAAGAUAAACAGUUACAGGAUGAAGAUGACACUAUUACAGCUUCGGUAAAAACAGAAAACGAUCAAACUGUUAAAAAGAGAGAGCAUAAGAAGAAACGAUCAAAGAAAGACAGAUUGUCCUGGCCAAAAUUUCAGUCAAUUACAAAUACCAGGUUUCUAGGUCACAGGCGGUCUCGUAGCACAUCAGAAACUAAUGAGGAUGAAACUACAGAUGUGUAUUCAAAAGUGACAGAUGCUACCUUCGAAGAUGAUGAAAUCUUUAUAGCACAGGAAAAGGAAAGGCAAUAUCAGCAGGAGAUCCAUGGUAUGGAUAUCCACAGUCGGAGACCAAUAAUUGAAAAGCAGAUCACAGAUGUGACAAACAUUAAGAACCGAAGAGCAAAAGAAAAGAGAAGCUUAGACAGCAGUAGAAGUGUCCAUAUAGACCAUCAUGGCAUCACAAAAGCACAGAUGAAGAAAGGCUUGUCACUGCAGUCCACAAUCUUGCCUUCUAGUAGAGAGGAAGGGAAGACUGCUGAAAAGGAGAGGAAAGACAUAUUUUCUGAAGUUGAAAUGAUAAUUGUAAAAGGUAAAAAUCUGCCAUCACCAUGCAAGGUAUCACCAGUACAAAUGAGAGAGAAGAAAACAGCAGUGCAAAACCUCAUGGCGACAUCUACAACUGAAAUAUCAACAACUCAAUUGACCACAAAAGAAUUAAAGAUUGAACAAUUUCCAGAACACUUAGAAAACACGAGUCAAGGUCAACAUAGUAUUUCUGAUGAUACUUCAAGUCCCACCAAGGAGAAAACAUCGGGGUUUAAACAGAGAAAGAAAAAAACAAAGAAAACAAGGUUGGAAAACCUGCCUCUUGGAAAACAAGCAGUGAGCAUUGAAGAUUCCUGUACCACCAUGCUGGUUGGCACUGAACAUUACAUGGAUGCCAAUACAACAGAGGUCAGGGUUGCUGAAUCUGAAAAAGGUAGGAAACCCAUGACAAAAUGUAUCGCCAUGUGGCCAGGGUAAUUGGACAGCAGGAUAGAAUGAAAACAUCACGUGAUCAGUUCAUAUUCUACUCUGAGAUAACUUCUUCAGCCAGAUACACCUGCUGCAUUAUAAGUGUUUGGAUGCAACAAGGGGUUUGUUACCCUGUUAAUAAUAAUAAAUACUUUAAACAGCUGGGUAUUAUUCUAAGAUUAAGAUAACUAUUAAAUGACUCAGUUGAUGAAGAGCAAGGCAUAUCUAUAUACUAGAUUUAAAUUUGUAUUUUUGUUGAGAUAUGUGCCUUGUACAAUACAGCCUCAAACACAUAAGUAUGCAGACACAUUUUUGCAUGUAUGCAAGAGUUGCUUUGUUAUGUUUAACUUUAAAUAAGCCUCUUUGAAUGGCCAUUGAUUAUGGUUUGUAAACAGCCUGCUGUAUACUGACAUGGGAGUUUUAUUUUGGGGACAUAAUAUAUAGAAAACGUCUUUCAUCUAUAAAUUAAAAUCAGGGUUUAUAAAAAUCAUACUAAAUUAACUAAAACUGUACUUUAUGUGCCGGCAACUACUGUUUUCGUACUUUUAGUAGCAUGUUUUCCGAACUAUAACUUCAAUCUGUAUCAAUAUUAAUAACAAGAUUCCACUGGCUUUCAAUUAAUAGUCAACACUGUUUCAAUAUAUUCCUAAUUUUAUAGACCUUAUAUUGACCAAUUUCUUCGUAAUUUCAUUCUCAGUGCUUUCAUUGGCUUAAUUCAUAUCACAGUGAUACAAUCAUAAAAGAUUAUAAUACUGUUAUUUUGUUUGCAACAGCUGUACUAGUUAGUUUCUAAUUGGUAAAAUAAAAAAUAUAUAUUUACAUUAGCAAAUAAAUGAAUCAUGCAGAAAAGUUUUGUGCGGGUUAAAUCCCAAUUAUUUUGCAAGUGUAAUAAGAAAACACCAAUAUUUUAGUACCUAUAUGAGCACUUCUCUUUAAUUUGCAGGAACAUAAUCAGUUUCCAUAUGUUUUAAUCAUAUUAUCAAAGAUAUAUGUUGAUAAAGAGACUCUUUUCUAAGUUUACAAAUUACAAAGACAGAAUGGAUACCAUUGACAGUGGUAAAUGUACAAAUUAUAACAUAUUUUAAAAUGCAAAUUCCUGAUUUUCUUUUCCUGUAAAGUGAAAAACGACUUCUAAGGUUCUGGCAGAAAUUGAACAUUGGUUUAAGGCAAUAAAGUUGCUUAUCUCGGAGCCCAAACAAUAUGAAUGUACAGUAUGAUUACCAAUAUCAGCCUAUAUAAUAUGUGUACUAACCACAUUAUAAACUAUGUUAAUACAAUAACAUGUACUUGAUAAAUGUCCUCUGUUUAAGAUAUGGGGUUUAAAUACUGAUCUUUAAUAUAACCAAGAAAAUGUUAUUUCUGGAAAAUGGAAUUUAAGUUUAUUGUGUCUGCUCUUUAACAUAUCUGAGCUUAUCAAACAAAAUAUUCUGUAUAUAUAAGCAUUAGGGAUGGUGUCAACAUUCUUGUAUCAAUAUGUAUUAUUUACUGUAUUAUUUACUGACAAAUGAUUUCAAUAAUAUGAAAUGUUAUCUCAAUAUAUAAUAAAGAAAAUAUGUUUUUUUAA